GUUUUUGAUGGGCCGAACAUCUCGCUGACUGACUUGAAGAAGCAGAUUAUGGGCAGGGAGAAGCUCAGAGCCGGGGACUGCGACCUGCAGAUCAUAAACGCACAAACCAAAGAAGGUUGACUGGGGGGCUCCAGAAAAGUCGCACCGGGACAAAAGAGGUGUAAUGAAUGGGCAAACAUUCCUGUUGCAUUCACGCCUCAUGCCCCUUAAUUAAACCGCCUGGCGUGGGUGGAUCAGUGGUGUCAGCGCUGUCAUUCUGCAGGAGAUGUUGGUUUAAAAAUAGCAAAGGUCGAGGGGUGGAAAAGGCAGACAUUACUCAUGGCCAAAAGGCUUAAAUGCAGCCACAGACUGUAUGAUUUAAGAUAAAAACACAAUGCAGAAGCAAACUGAACACUAGGCAGGCACACCCUUUAACUGGAGAUUCAGGAAUUAAAAUGAGCUGGAUACAAAAACGUGACCCACAUUGCAUCGAGGAGGUAUUUCGCAUGCUUUAUGUUGUUGUAUUUUCUUUCCUUCAACUACAAGCAUCAGUGGUGGGAGUUAAUUUGGAUUUUGAGUGACCGACCAACACAAAAUAGUGUGAAGUGGAAAAGAAAUGGGUAACAAUUGUAAAACACGUUUAAAAGCCUUCCACUUUUAAGGUUUAUCUUUAGAAAAGCUUUGUUAUAAGGAGCAAACUACGGAAAAUUUGAAAGGGCAUGAUUACUUUUUGAAAGCCACUCUGUACUCAAGAACCAACAGGGCAGUAUAAUGAAGAGUGUUUGUGUCCUAAAUACCUGUUUUUGUUUCAUGAUUCAAACCUUAUCCCCAUGUUUCUUCAGGCCAAGGGUAUUGUUUCUGUGCGUUUCUUGCGUCUUUUUUUUGUGACACACUUGGAAACAAUAAGGUAGGACAUAAUCUUGCAAAUCCACAUAUUUUCUGAGUUGUAUUCUAGCAUAAUAAGCCCUCUAAUGCUUCAGAGUCUUACUUUUUUAUACAUUUUGAUAUUCAGAAUGUUUAUAUUUUAUAACCCCUUCAAAAGAAACCUAUUCCAAACAAUUUACCAUCACAACAAUAAAUAUGUUUGGUGACGUACUUGCCAGUGAAAAGCAGUAGCAGUGCAUUUCCACUUAAAAGAAAAGAAAAACCACUGUUUUGUCUAGUUUAAUUUAUUUAUAUGGACUAUUGAGGCAUGUUGGAGUGCAUGAUGCAUUGCUGCCUUGCAGUAAGAUGUCGUGAGGCCUUUCUGCAUGUUCUCCCCCUUCAUGUGUGUGGGUUCUCUCAGGGUACUCCAGGUUUCUCCCACAGUCCAAAAAAAUGUUCUUAGCUUAAUUUACUACUCUAAAAUGGUGACAUGUCCAGGCUGUUCCUUUGCCCCUAUAAGCCAUACUGCAUUAAUUCAUGCAAAAAGGAAGCCCAAUCAAGUAUUGACUGUAUAUAAUAUACAGUCAUGUAUAUUUUUCAGUAAGUUGUAAAAAUUAGAUUACUCUUUAGGCAAUAAUUAUCAAAAUUACAAUUUAUCCCUGUAUUUAACAAACUGGUAUGAGUCUCACAUUGAUUUCAAUUAGUAAAAUAAAUUAUCCUUAUGAUAUUCUAAUAUAUUUAGAUGUCUACAGUUUAACCCAAAUUACAAAAAUACAUGAAAGCAAGAAGGUUGGAGAGUGCUGGUAACCCUAGGCAACACAAAUGGGCUAAAUAUUUUGUCUCUACACGAUUCUGUUUUUAUAUAAUUUCUUUUUUAAUCUCAAACUCCGAAUUGCAGAAAGAAAAUCUCAAUAUUGCAAAUUUUCCGUUUUAACCCUUUUAUACUGAUGAUUUUUCACCCUUAGAGUUCAAAGAAGAUGGUGGUCACAUCCCCAAAGGCUCCUCUGUCAUAGUCAGGAGAAUUCCCCUCAUUGGAGCAAAGUCCAGCUCAAAUAGCAAGACCAACCACAAAGAAAGAUCAGACGUCCAGAUUCCCAAAGCCUUUGGAUCCCAUAGAGCAAUCAGUGAGUCCAGCUCUACCAGAGCUUUGUCAUUUUUCUCCAAGAUGCAGAUGGCUAACUUGGCUGAAGCUGAUGUCUCAGAAGAGGAUAAGAUCAGAGUUAUGAUGAAUCAGUCCAGCUGUGAAAUGAUGAAGAUGAACUCAAAGCUUGGCCCUACCCUUCCAGAAAACUACGCCUGUUAUCGGUGUGGGAAUGGUGGACACCAUAUCAGGAACUGCCCAGGGAGUGGGGAUAAAAAUUUUGAGGCUCCUCCGAGGAUAAAGAAGAGCACAGGAAUCCCUCGAUCCUUCAUGGUUGAGGUGGACGAUCCUAAUAUUAAGGGAGUCAUGCUGACCAGUUGUGGACGUUAUGCAAUUCCUGCCAUAGAUGCUGAGGCGUAUGCUGUUGGUAAGAAGGAGAAGCCUCCUUUUAUUCCACAGGAGGAACCUAAGUGUGAAGAAAAGGAAGAACCCAUACCUGAUGAACUCCUCUGUUUAAUUUGUCAUGACUUGCUGAGUGACGCUGUGGUCAUACCCUGCUGUGGAAAUAGCUACUGUGACGAUUGUAUUCGAACUGCCUUGCUUGAGUCGGAGACCCAUGUGUGCCCUACAUGUGGCCAAUCAGACGUCUCCCCUGAUACCUUGAUUGCCAAUAAAUUUCUUAGACAGGCUGUGAAUAACUUUAAAAAAGAACGAGGCUCGGGCAAAAUCCAGAGAACGUCUUUGUCUCAGAACACUACCCCAAAGCCAAGCCCUGGCCCCACUCUGACCGCUUCCACCCUUCAGAACAAGACCAAGAAACCUCUCCAGUCACCCUGCACUGAGCAGGAGUCGAUGGUGAACAAGCCUAAACCGGAAAAAUCCCCACUCUUAUCACAAAGCGCCGAAGGCCGCCCAGCAACUCCAGAACCUUCACCUGUUGAGAACUCCUCUGAGAGUACAUCAACCCAGCCUGAGCAAAGCCUUGAAGUGACAUCCAACAAUGAGGAACCAGAAAAGACACCCGAUGAUUUAGAAGCUGUUGCUCUGUCUGGCCUGGCUUCUAAUAAAGAUUUGUCUGACGCUCCCUCCCAGCUGAUCCCACUAGUAAACUCUAUUGAGGGAACAGAACAGCUUCAGACUAUAUGUGUCAAACAAAGCCAACCGUCUUCUGAUUCAACCACAAGACCCUCUGGGUCAUCAGCCUCCAGGGACAGCAUCAUGUCCACUUUUCCUGCUGGAAGCCUGACUGAAUCUAACUCAGAGCAGCACAGAACUCGCUCCUCUUCAUCAUCAUACUCUUCACUGCAGACCACACCUUUGCCUCUGUUUCGCUCGCCGCCCUUUCACACAUUUGUUCCAACCCACCAGCCUCUCAGCAGCUACCUCCCUGGAUACCCACCGACCACACCCGCCUGGAAGCUUCCAAUCCCACCUGGAGCCCCGCUCCCAUCCCUCUGCUCCUCCACCACAUCGUCUAUCCCUGUUUUAAUCCCGAAGGAGUGGUACAGGUUUCAGAGGAAGAAAAAAGAGAGGUCGCCUCACAAACGGUCCUUUUCUCACUCUGUUUCAAAGUCCUCCAAAUCGUCCCGCUCUUACUCUGGAUCAUCCAGUCACUCUGAAUCCCGCUCCCGCUCCAGAUCAAGGCAUCGCUCUCCUCACUCAAGUCACAGAGCCUUCCACAGCCACUCCAACCCCUCCAGGUCUUUUGGCUACAAACGGCCUCGUUCUCCUACCCCGUCCUCGUCUUCUUCACCUCUAAGUAGUUCCCAUUCUAGAUCCAAGUCGUCCUCGGACCACAGCCAGAAGAACCGCCACCACAGCAGGCGGUCGGGUUUGAGCAGCCACGGCUCGAAGAGGCGCGGGGAGCGCUCUGCCAGGGAAGCAAGAAAGUCAUCAGGUCUUAAGGGUUUGGGUGACACAAGUUGCCUGGAGCUGGAGAGGCAGUGCUACCUUCAGUGGAAGAAGGAGUACCAAGAAUGGUAUGAUAAAUACUUCAGUAACUAUAUCAGCCAGUUUCACCAUCUGCCUUUCCCUCCCCCGCCUCCACCGCCACCACUGUUUAGUCAGGACUCUUUCUACCUAAAACAAGAGGGAGAGACGGUGAGGAAGGGCGACUGCUCGCCUACAUCUGAGGACUCUAAUUACAGUGGCUCUCCUCCCUCUAAUUCCUCAAAUGACCGUCACUCCCCGAUAUGUCACCUCUCAAGUGACAGCUGUUCAUCCCCUAAAGUCAAUGACGACCAUUCUUCACCCUCUCGUUGUUGCAAUGACAAAUCCCCCACGCCAUCAGCAGUCCAGGUUAAGCUGACGGACAACAUGAAGGAGAACCUCGAGAGGGAUAGCAGUCUACCAGACUCUCUAACAAAGAGCAGAGAGGAAGCAAGUCGACAAAAAGCGAAAACAGAUGACAAUCCACAAACGAAGACAAAGGUUGAAGACUGCAGCACCCUGAGAAAUGAGGAGAAGAAGAAAAAACCAAAGAAGUCGCCAUCUUCUGACUUUUCUGGCUCCAUAAAUGUUCUCAGGCAAGACAAGAGGAGGCGCAAAACUGAACCAAACAGCUGCGAGGAUGGCUCACCGCUACGGCACAAAGGGACUGUCAGCGACUCCUUAAAAUCAAUCCAGCCUCUUCUAAAACUAAAUCAACCUCUAUACAAAGAAAAGAAAGAAAAACCCAAAGACAAAACUAAAUUAGAAACACAGCAAGAGCUUAGAAAGGACAAAGGUUUGAACUCUUGUCAAAACAGAGAGAGAAAACGCAAAACAAAACCCAGCACAGAUUCACAUAUGUCAGAAGUGCACCAGCACCCCGAAGGCAGCAAGACGUCUGACUCAAAAUCAGAGCAGGACAAAAAGAGACAGAAACAGGAUGAGGAGAGAAAUAAAAAACACAAGGAUCUUCCUACUAAGACUAAAAGUAGCAAAUGCCUCCAACCUAAAGUUGCAGAAGAACCCAAAAGCCUUGAAAGUGAAUCCCUGAAGUCGUCUGACAGACGAACGCAAACUACUGAGGAGAAGAAGAAAGAGAGUGAAGCAUCACCUCUGGCUAAAAAAGACAUCUGGGAAGGAGGGGUAAAGGUAAUGUCUCAGAAGAAGAUAAGUAUCAAUAUCAACUUGGAUGGGAAAAGGAAGGAUGAGAAGACUGAACAGAACUCUUCUGGUUUGGAGAUCUGUACUGGCGAGAGGACAGAGCUGUCAGGAGUUACAGAGGAGAAGGCUACGGAAGAAAGUACAAGAACUGAAUCAAAAGAAAACAGAGAAUCAAGCCCUGGAGUUAAGUCACAGGAGAAAAUAUUAUCUCUUUUAAAAGAUAUUAGAGAGUCAGGAAACAAAGCUACCUCUAGUGUUGACAAGAAGGAUGUGUCUAUGAAAAUCCCUAAACGGGAAGAAAAGGACAGGGGGGAGAAGAAAAGAGAGGAUGACUUGGAUUUAUGGCACUGUGCACUUGAAGGAGUGGAGGACAGGGAGCAAAAAACAGGAAAGGCAGAGAGAGAAAAAGAUGGCUGUGGAGGUCACAAGAAUAUCCUACCUCAGCUAGAGAAAGGUGGUGCAGGCAGAGGAAACAGAGUCGAAGCACAGAAAGAAGACAACGCCAUGAGAUCGAGCUCACAGAGAAGCAAAACAAAAAUCCAUCGACAGAACGAGACUUUAAAGCACAGCAGCAGUAAAGCCUCUUUAAUGAGCAGCCGUGGUGCUGAAGGCAGCCUGGAGGCGACGAUGGCGGGGAGAAAACUUCUGGAAGAGAAAUUAAACGACCAAGCUGAAGUCACACAGAAUGAACCCACACAGCUGAAUCUACAGGUGCUUCACUCCAAGCGGGAGAAAACUGAAAAAGAUGUGACGAAAGGAGAAGUUAAGGCCACUCUGCCUCAGGCGUCAGAGACGACAACCAACAUCGAGUCAGUGGAAGACAAUGAACAGAAGAGUCUCAGAUCAACGGAGCGAGCGAGAGACAGGAACAGGGUGACCGUGGGAGGCAGAGACCAGGAGAAGGAGAGAAACUCUGCCUCUUCUGGGUCAUACUCCAGUGUGGCUCCCUCUUGUGGCAGUGAGAGAGAGAGGGACAGAGAGAGAACUAAUGAAAGACAAAGAGAGGGCGAGAGGUCAAAACCAGGAGUGAGGGAAGAGGAAAGGAGGAGAGACUGGGAUGCCCCGGUGUCAAAGAGAACUGCGUUCAACUCGGUUUCAAAAGAUACGGAGUGGAGAGACCUGCUGAGAGAGAGUGACCAGAGUUCUUCUUGUUAUAGCAGAAAACCUCCCAGAUCCAACUACGUGCCUGAUCAAAAUGUAGCUAAAAGACACAGAGAUGCAUCCUUGGAUAUUAAUAGUCAAAACAAAGACCGUUUCUACGACUACAGUUAUCCCCGUCAAUCUGCGGACUACGGCUAUAAAGACAGACCUCCUGGGACUCAUCACUUCCCACCUGCUUACAGCCAGUGUAGGGACAGAGGCACACACUCUUUUGAGCCACCUGCAUUCUCUCAAAGAGGCCUCACCACCUGGGAAUUCAUGCAAAGCAAAAACAGAAAUGAGGAAAGGAUACAGAAAGCAGAGAAACCGGGAAACGAAAGGAAAGCUGCUGGAGAUGAGGGAGGAGGAUGGAGUCGGAGGGAGAAAAACGCCCAGAGACUGGACGAGCGACGCAGAUCCAGCAGCAGUAGCAGCAGCAGCGUCUAUUCCUCAGCAAGCCGCAGGAGCAGCAGGGACGAAUAGGGAGAAGUCCGAAAGAAAACCACCGGCUGCAGAGAAAAAGUUCAAACACAACGUCGACAAGGCAAGAGGAGGAGAGUUCCUGCUCUGUUAAAUUUUCUUUACUCUUAGAAAAAAAAAAAGCAACUUGAAUGAUGUUUUCCUUUCCU